UGUUUUUCUGCUGCAAACAUCAUUUAUGACUUCCCACUAGCAAAAAUGCAAACCUGUUCCUUUUUAUGGAGGAAUUCUUACUAAAGACAUUAGAAUCAUAUGAUGACUGACUCUCAUAUGAACUAAAAUUCAAGUGUCUCACAAUACUCUAAUGGAAUCAUUUUGGGUCAUCUUUGUGUUGCAUGCAACUGAUUGAAGUUGUUUGGUGGGUGAUUGAAGGUGGUGGAUUGUUAUUUUCCAUAUAAGAGAUUUUGGUGAGGGCAGUGGGAUUUCUUUUCUAAUGGUUUCUGAUGAAAAAUGAUCAAAAUAAUAACACUGCUAAAAAAGAGAAAGUUAAAAAAGGAUGAAACAUGUCCCCAUUAUGCUACUUAUAAUGUCUCAAAUAAGACUAUUUGAUGGGGGAAAGCCUUUUAAAGUUUAUUCAAGGAAGAAAGGGAAGACCUAAGUAAACUUUAAGUAGGAUUAAUAUAAUUAGAAUUUGAGUCAUGAUAGGUUAUUAGAGUCCUAGUAGAAUAGGUUAUUAGAGUCCUAGUAGACUUUGGAUUUCUUAGAGAAGCCUAUAAAUAGGCUAAUCAAUGUAAAUCAAAGGAAUGAAUUUUUUAUGAAUAAUAUUAUACUUUCUUUCAUUGCAAGGUUGCAACCCUCAAUGGUGAGACUCCCUUGAUUUUCUUCUAGGUGAGACUCCCUUGAUUUUCUUCUAGGUGAGACUCCUAGAAGGCCUUAGUGAGACUCUAAGGUUUUCCAUCUUUUCUUUAUUGUUUCUUCUUUCUCUCUAUUUCUUAUCUUAUAAUUUUCUCUACCAUAAAGUUUAUUCCUUGUUCCUCUCCUUACACCCUAAAAAUAAAACCCUAGCCCACCUACCCUUGAGUGUAGGCAACCAUCCUAGGGUUGUCCUACAUCAAUUUUGGUAUCAGAACCAAAAUUCUUGGCUUGAAGGCAUAUGCAAUUAAGGAGCGGAGCAACUUAUGCAAGCAUGAGUUCCAAAAAAACUUCUAGCAAUCAAGAUGCCGAUACAAUACGCUUGGAGGAAAUUUCAGCCACACAACAAUCCCAUCAAGGUGCUAUAAUACAACUAAAUAGCAAACUUGAUGAGAUCAUGAAGUUAUUAGAAAAGAGCUAAGAAAAACGACCAAUUGAAGAGGAGAUCACAAGUCAUCAAUUUAGACAAUCGCCAAAUCGAUCACGCGAAGAACAAGACAAUUUUAUGAUGGGGAAUCAAAGAAGGGCCAAACUUUUUGAGCUAGAUGAUGAUGUGACAAAAAAGGUACGUCUUGAAGUUGCUGAAUUUUAUGGAAAACUAAAUCCAACAACUUUUCUUGAUUGGAUUAUGUUAAUGGAAGAUUACUUUGAUUGGUAUGCAAUGCCUGAAAAUAGAAAAGUUCGUUUUGUGAAGGCAAAGUUGAAAGGAGCAGCACGUCUAUGGUGGCAUAAUAUCGAGAAUCAAGCUCAUAGAACUGGCCAACCGCCUAUUGACACAUGAGACGAGAUGAAGUUGAAGAUGAAGGAGCACUUUCUCCCAACUGAUUAUGAACAACUUAUGUAUACAAAAUUGUUUUCCCUUAAACAAGGUACCAAGUCCGUUGAAGAAUAUACAGAAGAAUUCCAUGAAUUGAGCAUUCGAAAUCAAGUGCGGGAAAGUGAUGCUCAACUUGCAGCCCGCUACAAAGCUGGACUUCGAAUGGAGAUUCAACUUGAGAUGAUAGCUGCACACACUUAUACCGUAGAUGACGUUUAUCAACUAGCCCUCAAAAUAGAAGAAGGCCUCAAAUUCCGGGUUUCCAGGCGUCCAAGUUCACAAAUUGAGAGCACUUUCUCCAACAGGACAGCAAGCAAACCUUUAAGCACGUCAAACUUCAGAACUCCUAAUCAUGUGAAUGGUGGGGGCAACACUCAACAAACUUCGAAUGUGGCUUACAAGAAUGGUAAUAAGGGUAAAAAUUCAAUGAGUAAUGGAGAUAGAAAAGUAGACGUGACUCCUUUAUGCUUUAAGUGUGGUGGGCAUGGUCAUUAUGCUGUUGUAUGCCCAACCAAAAGUUUACACUUUUGUGUUGAAGAACCAGAAUCUGAAUUGGAAAGUUACCCAAAGGAAGAAGAGACCUACAAUGAAGAUGAAGUUAGUGAAGAAUGUGACUACUAUGAUGGUAUGACAGAAGGAUAUAGUCUUGUAGUACGACCUUUAUUAACCGUUCCAAAAGUAAAAGGAGAAGAAGAUUGGCGACGUACUAGCAUUUUCCAAACACGUAUUUCUUGCCAAGGGAGAUUAUGCACCAUGAUCAUUGAUGGAGGUAGCAGUUUGAACAUAGCUUCACAAGAACUUGUUGAGAAGCUAAACCUUAAAACAGAGAGACAUCCAAAUCCAUUCAGAGUAGCAUGGGUUAAUGACACCUCUAUCCUGGUAAGUUUUUGUUGUUUAGUAACAUUCCUUUUUGGUAAGGACUUUGAAGAGUCUGUAUGGUGUGAGGUCUUACCCAUUAAAGUAAGUCAUAUUUUACUUGGAAGACCUUAGCUCUUUGAUAGAAAAGUUCAACAUGACGGCUAUGAAAAUACAUAUGCUCUCAUGCACAACGGACGUAAGAAGAUCCUUUGUCCAAUGAAAGAAGUCCCUCCAAUUAAUAAGUCGGAUGAGAAUGCACAACCAAAAAAGGUACUUACUAUGUGUCAAUUUGAAAAUGAGAGCAAGGAAACUAAAGUUAUUUUUGCUUUAAUGGCUCGGAAAGUGGAAGAAUUUAAAGAACAAGAUAAGGAAUAUCCAGCAAACGCACGUAAAAUCCUUGAUGACUUUUCUGACUUGUGGCUUGCAGAGUUACCUAAUGAACUCCCUCCUAUGCGUGACAUACAACAUGCCAUUGAUUUGAUUCCCGGUGCAUCAUUACCAAAUUUACCAGCUUACAGAAUGAAUCCAACAGAGCAUGCUGAAUUGAAAAGGCAAGUUGAUGAAUUACUUACUAAAGGCUUUAUUCGUGAAAGCCUAAGUCCUUGUGGAGUUCCUGCCCUACUAACACCAAAGAAGGAUGGAUCAUGGCGGAUGUGUGGAUAGUCGUGCAAUCAACAAAAUCACAAUCAAGUAUCGAUUUCCAAUUCCAAGACUUGAUGACAUGCUAGAUAUGAUGGUUGGAUCAAUAAUCUUCUCAAAGAUUGAUCUAAGAAGUGGAUAUCAUCAAAUAUGUAUUAGACCAGGGGAUGAAUGGAAGACAUCUUUCAAAACUAAGGAUGGAUUGUAUGAGUGGUUAGUCAUGCCGUUUGGACUAACCAAUGCUCCAAGUACCUUCAUGCGGAUUAUGACGCAGGUAUUAAAACCUUUUAUUAGACGGUUUGUUGUUGUCUAUUUUGAUGAUAUUCUUAUCUAUAGUCGAUCUUGUGAAGAUCAUGAGGAACACUUGAAGCAAGUAAUGCGCACUCUUAGGGCUGAAAAGUUUUACAUUAAUUUGAAAAAAUGUACUUUCAUGAGCCCUAGUGUUGUAUUUCUUGGCUUUGUUGUGUCUUCUAAGGGUGUUGAAACAGAUCCGGAGAAGAUCAAAGCUAUUGUUGAUUGGCCAGUACCAACAAAUAUCCAUGAGGUGUGAAGCUUCCAUGGAAUGGCUACAUUCAAUCAACGAUUUAUUCGAAAUUUCAGCUCUAUUAUGGCCCCAAUUACUGAAUGCAUGAAACCUGGUUUAUUUAUUUGGACCAAGGCGGCCAACAAGGCAUUUGAAGAAAUCAAAUCCAAGAUGGUGAACCCUCCUAUCCUACGCCUACCAGACUUUGAGAAAGUAUUUGAGGUGGCCUGUGAUGCUUCCCAUGUGGGAAUUGGAGCAGUCCUUAGCCAAGAGGGACGUCCUGUGGCUUUCUUUAGUGAGAAGCUCAAUGGGGCAAAGAAAAAAUACUCCACGUAUGAUCUUGAAUUCUAUGCAGUGGUGCAAGCAAUUAGGCAUUGACAACAUUAUCUUAGUUACAAGGAAUUUAUUUUGUAUUCAGAUCAUGAAGCCUUGCGAUAUCUUAAUUCUCAAAAGAAGCUUAACUCUCGACAUGCAAAAUUGAGUAGUUUUCUUCAAUUGUUUACCUUUAAUUUAAAGCAUUGUGCAGGAAUUGAAAAUAAAGUAGCUGAUGCCCUUAGUAGGAAGACCCUUCUCUUAGUAAACAUGUCAACCACUACAAUUGGAUUUGAAGAAUUAAAGCAUUGCUAUGACAAUGAUGCUGAUUUUGGAGAUGUUUAUUCCUCUCUUUUGAGUGGUUCAAAAGCAACAUGUAUUGAUUUCCAGAUUUUAGAAGGGUACUUGUUUUAUAAAAAUCAUUUAUGCUUACCAAGGACUUCUCUACGUGAUCAUGUCAUAUGGGAA